GGACGUACCAGUUCCGUCUGUGUGUUCGAGUGGACAAAAUGGCGAAGAUCGCCAAAACUCACGAAGAUAUUGAAGCACAGAUUCGAGAAAUCCAAGGGAAGAAGGCAGCUCUUGAUGAAGAUCAAGGAGUUGGCCUUGAUUCUACAGGUUAUUAUGACCAAGAAAUUUAUGGUGGUAAUGACAGCAGAUUUGCUGGCUACGUGACAUCAAUUGCUGCAACUGAACUAGAAGAUGAUGAUGAUGACUACUCCUCAUCUACUAGCCUGCUUGGUCAGAAGAAGUCAGGAUACCAACCCACAGUGGCAUUGCUUAAUGACAUACCACAGUCAACAGAACAGUAUGACCCAUUUGCUGAACACCGUCCUCCCAAGAUUGCAGACCGUGAAGAUGAAUAUAAAAAGCACAGGCGAACUAUGAUAAUUUCUCCAGAGCGUCUUGAUCCUUUUGCAGAUGGUAAUUCACUCCCACUUUUCUAUAAGUCUUGUAAAAUUUAUUUGUGUGAAGUUGUCUUUAGCCCUUUGAUUUUUUUUGGCAUGCUUCUGAAUUUAGUUUUUCUUUUUAAACAGCCCCCUAUUAUAGAUUUGUUAUAGAUUUUUAAAUCACAGAUGCCAUAUUCUUCAUGUUUAUAAUACAAGUUUUCUUUCUAGGUAGAAGGACAAGAAAAUAAUGAGCCAAUGCCAUAGAAACGCAAAGGGUUAAAGGUUUUUCUUUUCAUUUUGUUUUGGGUUACGCAUAUUAUACUUUGAACAAAUGUGUGUGUUUCUGCUCAAAAUACUUUCAAGUCUUUGAAAACUUUGAAAGUUAUCAUUUCCAAAUCAUAGAAUUUUACAGUUAUUAUUUUUGAAGUACUAUCUUCUCAGCAUAGAGCCCAUUGCUCUAAUCAUAGCUCAGUAAUGCACCUACUUUGCUUUAAGCAUUCCUAAGUUAAAACAAAAGUAUAUAUACAAAGACUUGGAUCCUUUUAAUAGUUGGAGUCUGUUUUGCUAAUUUUAGUUUGCAAGUCAGUUCGAGGGGCAUAGUGGGCCUGAUGGAAGCUUUCCUCAGGUGAGUGAGUUUCACAAUAAAAAAAAAGGUGCCUGUUUCUUAAAAUUAGACUCUGUUGCAGGUUUUACAAAUUAGAAUUUCUGCCUGCAUGAAUUAGUAGGGAUAUUUUUUUACUUGCUUAAUUGUAAUUGAUUUAAACAUGUAUGUCAGAAUUCACAGGCCCAUACUAACUGUCCUUAAUUUCUUUCCUACAGCAGUACUGCUAUAUGCCAGUCCUGUCUGCAUUCUUAAGGGUGCAGUUCAACACAUCCUGUGUAGAUUAUGGUGAAAAAGUAUUCCAAAGGAAGUCUUAUCAAAGCUAGUGUCAGAAUGACACUGCCAAUUGGGCAUGGUCUUCAGCAUAGAAAAUGUUUUGAGAAUUUCAUUUCCCCCCCAAAUUGUGGUGGUAUACUAUUUGUAUAGCACAUUUUCCCAUUUCUAAGAGUAGUGUACCUCCAUGCAUCUUGUUCUUAUUGGGCUUCUUUAAAAUAUUUUGAAGUUUAAAGAACAAAUAAUGAAAUUUCAAGAAUAGAAUUACACAUCUCAUUGUACACAACUUUUUUUGUGUGUAUCAUAGUAAUUGUAGAUGUAACAUAUUUCAAGUAAUUUGUAAUUAAGCUUUUGCAAGAGAAAAUGCAAAAAUUUUCUGCAAUGUGUCAUGGAAAUAAAAACGAAAGAAGCCCUCUUAUAACAUGGCACUUGAAUACAAACGUAGAAGUGUUUCAAUCAGAUUUGCCAAAGUAUAAGUGUAUUCUAGACUUUUAUGUGAUGCACUGAUCUAGGCUUAGUUAAUGAAAGUCAGAAUUUCAACAGCUUGCACAGGUAAUGUUUUGAAUAUAAAUAUCUAUCCAAAGUGUUACUAAUGUAAAGAGAUAAUUUUCUAGGCUGCUAUUCUGCUGCUUGAAGUCAGAACUGCUGGUGGAGACAAAGGCACGAAAGUGAGGCAAGACACCUGAUCCUAAAAUGAAUGCUAGGACGUAUAUGGAUGUUAUGCGAGAACAGCAUUUGACUAAAGAGGAGAGGGAAAUUAGGCAACAACUAGCAGAAAAAGCAAAAGCUGGAGAACUUAAAGUUGUCAAUGGUGCAUCAUCCCAGCCUCCUUCAAAACGCAAAAGGCGUUGGGAUCAGACAGCUGAUCAGACUCCUGGUGCAACUCCAAAAAAGCUCUCAAACUGGGAUCAAGCAGAGACUCCUGGGCAUACACCUUCCUUGAGGUGGGAUGAAACACCUGGUCGUGCAAAGGGUAGUGAGACACCUGGAGCAACACCUGGCUCAAAAAUAUGGGAUCCUACUCCUAGCCACACCCCAGCAGGAGCAGCUACUCCUGGACGUGGUGAUACACCUGGCCAUGCAACACCAGGCCAUGGAGGUGCAACUUCAAGUGCACGUAAAAACAGAUGGGAUGAGACCCCUAAAACUGAGAGAGAUACUCCUGGUCAUGGAAGUGGGUGGGCUGAGACUCCUCGUACAGAUCGUGGUGGAGAUUCAAUUGGUGAAACACCAACUCCUGGAGCAAGCAAAAGAAAGUCACGUUGGGAUGAAACACCAGCUAGUCAGAUGGGUGGGAGCACUCCUGUUUUGACUCCUGGUAAAACACCAAUUGGCACACCUGCUAUGAACAUGGCGACACCUACUCCAGGCCACAUAAUGAGCAUGACACCUGAACAGCUUCAGGCAUGGAGGUGGGAGAGAGAAAUUGAUGAGAGAAAUCGUCCACUUUCUGAUGAAGAGCUGGAUGCUAUGUUUCCAGAAGGAUAUAAGGUACUCCCUCCACCUGCUGGCUAUGUUCCUAUUCGUACUCCAGCUCGGAAGCUGACAGCAACUCCUACACCUUUAGGUGGCAUGACUGGAUUCCACAUGCAAACUGAAGAUAGGACUAUGAAAAGUGUUAAUGAUCAACCAUCUGGAAAUCUUCCAUUUUUAAAACCUGAUGAUAUUCAAUACUUUGAUAAACUGUUGGUGGAUGUAGAUGAAUCAACACUUAGUCCAGAAGAACAAAAAGAGAGAAAAAUAAUGAAAUUACUUUUAAAAAUCAAGAAUGGCACACCUCCAAUGAGAAAGGCUGCAUUGCGUCAAAUCACUGACAAAGCUCGUGAAUUUGGAGCUGGGCCUUUGUUUAAUCAGAUUCUUCCAUUGCUGAUGUCUCCAACACUUGAAGAUCAGGAACGUCAUUUGCUCGUAAAAGUUAUUGAUAGAAUUUUGUAUAAGCUAGAUGAUUUGGUUCGACCAUAUGUACAUAAGAUCCUUGUGGUUAUUGAACCACUAUUGAUUGAUGAAGAUUACUAUGCCAGAGUGGAAGGGAGAGAGAUAAUUUCAAAUUUGGCUAAGGCUGCUGGCUUGGCAACCAUGAUUUCCACUAUGCGACCUGAUAUUGAUAACAUGGAUGAAUAUGUCCGUAACACAACAGCUCGAGCUUUUGCUGUUGUUGCAUCUGCCUUGGGCAUUCCUUCGCUGUUGCCCUUCUUGAAAGCUGUGUGUAAGAGCAAGAAGUCCUGGCAGGCUAGGCAUACUGGUAUUAAGAUUGUACAGCAAAUUGCUAUUCUUAUGGGUUGUGCCAUCCUCCCUCAUCUCAGAAGUUUAGUUGAAAUCAUCGAGCACGGUCUUGUGGAUGAACAACAGAAAGUCCGGACCAUUAGUGCUUUGGCUAUCGCUGCUCUGGCUGAAGCAGCUACUCCUUAUGGCAUUGAAUCUUUUGAUUCUGUGUUGAAGCCUUUGUGGAAAGGUAUCCGCCAGCACAGAGGAAAGGGCUUGGCUGCCUUCUUGAAAGCUAUUGGAUACCUUAUUCCUCUCAUGGAUGCAGAAUAUGCAAACUACUAUACUAGAGAAGUGAUGUUAAUCCUUAUCAGAGAAUUCCAAUCGCCUGAUGAAGAAAUGAAAAAAAUUGUGUUGAAGGUGGUAAAGCAGUGUUGUGGAACAGAUGGUGUAGAAGCAAAUUAUAUCAAAACAGAGAUUCUUCCUCCUUUUUUCAAACAUUUUUGGCAACACAGAAUGGCGUUGGACCGAAGAAAUUACAGACAGUUAGUGGAUACCACAGUGGAGUUGGCAAACAAAGUAGGUGCAGCAGAAAUUAUUUCCCGGAUUGUGGAUGAUCUGAAAGAUGAAGCUGAGCAGUACAGGAAAAUGGUUAUGGAAACUAUUGAGAAAAUAAUGGGAAACUUGGGUGCAGCAGAUAUUGACCACAAACUUGAAGAGCAGCUUAUUGAUGGCAUCCUUUAUGCCUUUCAGGAACAGACCACAGAGGACUCAGUGAUGUUGAAUGGUUUUGGCACAGUAGUCAAUGCCCUUGGCAAAAGAGUCAAACCAUAUUUGCCUCAGAUCUGUGGUACGGUUUUGUGGCGUUUGAACAACAAAUCAGCCAAAGUCAGACAACAGGCUGCUGACCUCAUCUCUCGUACUGCUGUUGUGAUGAAAACUUGUCAAGAGGAAAAAUUGAUGGGACAUUUGGGUGUUGUCCUGUAUGAGUACUUGGGUGAAGAGUACCCUGAAGUAUUGGGAAGCAUCCUUGGAGCACUGAAGGCCAUUGUGAAUGUAAUAGGUAUGCACAAGAUGACGCCACCAAUUAAAGACUUAUUGCCAAGGCUUACACCAAUCUUAAAGAAUAGACACGAGAAAGUACAAGAAAACUGUAUUGAUCUUGUUGGACGUAUUGCUGACAGGGGAGCGGAAUAUGUCUCUGCAAGAGAAUGGAUGAGAAUUUGCUUUGAACUUUUAGAGUUGUUAAAAGCUCAUAAAAAAGCUAUUCGGAGAGCCACAGUCAACACAUUUGGUUAUAUUGCAAAAGCCAUUGGACCUCACGAUGUGUUGGCUACGCUGCUAAACAAUCUCAAAGUUCAAGAAAGACAAAACCGAGUAUGUACAACGGUGGCCAUAGCUAUCGUAGCAGAGACAUGUUCACCAUUCACAGUCUUGCCCGCGCUGAUGAAUGAGUAUCGAGUUCCUGAAUUGAACGUUCAGAAUGGUGUUUUGAAAUCACUUUCUUUCUUGUUUGAAUAUAUUGGAGAAAUGGGAAAAGACUAUAUUUAUGCUGUAACACCAUUACUUGAAGAUGCUUUGAUGGACAGAGAUCUUGUACACAGACAGACUGCCAGUGCAGUGGUGCAGCACAUGUCUCUUGGGGUUUAUGGAUUUGGUUGUGAAGAUUCUCUUAAUCAUUUGUUGAAUUAUGUAUGGCCUAAUGUAUUUGAGACAUCUCCCCAUGUUAUUCAAGCAGUUAUGGGAGCCCUGGAAGGCCUAAGAGUUGCUAUUGGACCAUGUAGAAUGUUGCAAUACUGUUUGCAGGGUUUGUUUCACCCAGCCAGAAAAGUCAGAGAUGUGUACUGGAAGAUUUACAAUUCUAUCUACAUUGGUUCACAGGAUGCACUCAUAGCACAUUAUCCAAGAAUCUACAAUGAUGAAAAAAACACCUAUAUUCGUUAUGAACUUGACUAUAUCUUAUAAUUUUAUUUGUUUGUUUUUGUGUUUAAUGCACAGCUGUUCCACACCUUAAACUUGCUUCAAUUCGGUGAUGUAAAAUUUUAAACUUUGCAGAUCAGUGUAGAACUGGUCAUAGAAGAAGAGCUAGAAAUCCAGUAGCAUGAUUUUUAAAUAACCUGUCUUUGUUUUUGAUGUUAAACAGUAAAUGCCAGUAGUGACCAAGGACACAGUGAUUACACACAGUAUACUGGAGGGAUUUCAUUUUGAAUUCAUCUUUAUGAAGAUUUAGAUUUCAUUCCUUGUGUUUAAAGGGGAUGUUUAUUUGAAAAAUAAACAUUUGUGUACAAAAUGCUAAUUUGUGUGUGGUUUUUGAACAUGGAGACUUGUAAAAUGAGGAACUUUGAUAAAAUGUUGGUUUGUGUAGAUUGAAUGGCAUAAUUUAACUUUUGUCACCUACAUUUUAUUUUAAAAAAAAAAGGCAAGAAGAGUGCACAUUCUCUUAAGUGGUGACAAAUGUCUUUGUCAAAAGUGAUAUAACCCCAUUGUUCCUUCUUAUUUCGGGGCGAGAAUGCUUUGGGAGUUAUUCUGACUUUCAAAGUAGCAUAACCAUUCAACCAUGAAGGUUCAUUCGUUGUCAUCACAGAAAGAGCACCUUUACUGAUUUGUCUUGAAUAAUAUUUUGCACUUACAUAGCGCCUUUCAUCUCUAAUGAUCUCAAAAUGCUUUAUAGACAAGCAUUGUUAAAAACAAAUGUUGAAAGUUGUAUCCAGCUUUUGAUAGUGAAUAACAGAUUUACUGCAGGAACAUCUGACUAAAUUUUUAAAAGUAUCUUUUACUGCAAAAUAUUUUUAUCUGUUGUGAGGGAGACAAUCUUCAAAUAACAGUAAUAAUAAAAGAGAAAAAUUUAAAUCUCCCAAGCAUGACACGAUCAAAUAUGUCUGUCUGAUUAUCCUUGAUUCACUAUUAUAAAUAGAUACCAGCUUAACACGUUUAGUCUGCUUCACAUUUGUUUUGUGUUAGGCACUCAGCUAGCGAAUAAAUUUUCAGAUUUCAAGCCUGGGCUGAAAUACACCAUUUGUGGAGGGACCAGCACUAAGUAAGUGCCAUUCUCUAAUAAGCAAUAUUUUAGAAAAGAUUGUUCUCUACCUCCCCCUGCAACUUCCUUGCUCUUGUGUUUUUAUGGUCCGGCAUCCCUCAUUUAAAGCUUUGGCUUUACCCACAGCUUUUUAGCCCUUAUGUUAGUAUUUAGGUAAGUAUAAGAUAGAGUGGGAGAGAAAAUGCUCGUGGCAUUGUAAGGCAAUAUCUUUCCCACUUUGUCUAAUACUGGCCAUUUAGUAUACUGGCUUUUUGGAAUUUGUUUUUGUUAGUUAUAGAUGAGAAAAGUGGCAAUAGUUUUCAGUUUACUUUUAAAGAAUUGAUACUUGGGCAGUAAAAUUUGAACUCUGUCAUGCAUGGAAUACCUUUCUGGCAGUGACCCUUUAAUAUGUUAUGUGACUCUCCUUCCCCUCCCUCCGCCAUCCCCACACUCGUUAUAUGUGUUCCAAAAUGAUCUUCACAUAAUUUCUUAUAGCAGAUUUUGAAAAUAGUAGGUAGAAAUGAUGUAAAUAUUAAAAUCAUGCUAUUAACAAUAGCUGGUGUCAAAUUAGAUUCAAAAUCAUGAGACUUGAAGAAAGAUUUCAGAGCCAAAUUGGAAUAUGCCAGGUUUUGUGUGCAAUAUGUUCUUUUCAACCUUGGCGAAAUUUGAAAGUCAAUUCAAGUAUUCCUCAUGUACCUACUAUGUGCUGAGCACCUUGCUACACAUGUGAACGUAUCUAUGCAUUUGUUGUGGCAAAAUAGAGCACAGGAGACUAUUACACCACAAGUGACUUUAUAAAUGCAGAGAAUUUGUGGGCACAGAGACAGGGGAAGUCCUAAAGGAUGCAAUCUUAAACAUCUGGACCAAACAGAGGCUCAAGAGUUCCUUAAGAGUUACUAUCGUUUUGUAUGCUUAUUGAGUAAGAAAAGCAUUUUGUGAAAGUGAAAGACGCUAUGUGAAGUUAAAUUCUCUUAUUUCCAAACUUCUUUAACACUUUGUUUUGAUGUUCCUAAAGCCAAACUUAAACAAGGCAGAAAUUAAUGUAAUGGGAAAGUGGGUGGGUUCUUUUCUGCACUUUUGUUGGUUCCUUUUGUGGGCCUUUGCCCUCUUAAUUGAUCUCUUUGGCUGUUCAAUUUUUCUUAUUGUAUUUUAAAGAUUUGUUGUACAGUACCCUGUGACCAUCAGACACCACCAGAUAAAUAAAACUUACUAUAUCUAAAGA